AUGACACCCCGCAUCAUCGACACUAUCAAGAAGGAUCACCGGGAGAUCGAAUCAUAUUAUGGUAAGAUAAUUACCUCCAAGGACGAGGAUGAACAGACCCGCUUCCAGAAUCUGUUUGCCUGGGAACUAGCUCGACACUCCAUUGGAGAAGAGCUUAUUGUUUAUCCUCUCUUUGAAAGAGUGCUCUCCGAUGGUGUAGCAAUGGCCAAUAAGGACCGUGAUCAGCACCUGAAAGUAAAAACGCAACUGAAGGCGUUCCAAAACAUGACACCGUCAGAUACGCAGUUUGUGCCUACUAUCAGGGAGCUGAUGGAUAACCUUUCCGAACAUAUCAAGGAGGAGGAGAGUGACGAUUUACCUAAACUGGAGCAAGCCCUGUCUCAAGAGGAUAGCGAGGGCUGCUCUAAGAGCUUUGGCCGAACGAAGAUGUUCGUCCCUUCGCGUUCUCACCCUAGUACACCAGACAAGCCUCCGUACGAGACAGUUGUGGGGCUUCUAACGGCGCCAAUCGAUCAUCUCGCCGACCUCUUCCGUAAGUGGCCGGAUACUUCUGGAAUGCCUAAUCCCUCCACGAAAUAA